UCGGCUCAAGAACGUCUGUAAACGUUCUUCAAGGAGAAAGGGUAGCGGGUUAGUGGUCAAAAUCGCUUCAAUCAGCCAUGAGUAAGACGCAUCCACCAGAAUUGAAGAAAUACAUGGACAAAAGACUAUCUUUGAAAAUCAAUGGUGGCAGACAGGUAACUGGAGUACUGAGAGGAUUUGAUCCUUUUAUGAACCUUGUGUUGGAUGAAGCAGUGGAGGAAGUAUCAGCACAGGAAAAACAUAACAUUGGAAUGGUGGUAAUCAGAGGAAACAGUAUUGUGAUAAUGGAAGCAUUGGAUAGAAUAUCUUGAAAAUACUUAAACUACCAGACCAGCUCUCUCUAACUUUGUUUUUAUAAAUAUACUAACCAUUUUUCCUUGUAAAUAUCUAUGUGAGUGUGUGUGCAAGUUGUUGCAUAAAUGUUUAAUUGUUGCAGAAAAAUAUUGUUUAUGGCUCUCAUUCAGAAGUUUGUUAUAAAGCUCUUACACAGAAAAAAAGAUUAAUGUCAUUAGUACAAAUCUGGUAUUGUUACACAACAUUUAAUCUGUUUUUGUAAUAUUUAAAUGAUUAAAAAGGAAGCUUUGGUUGUA